AUGAUACACAAGCAAGGUGCAAUUUGUGUAUCACUGAAGCGACUCAUAGCAGGCAUCAAUCGUCAAACAGGCGUUCAGAUGAAAUCCUUUUAUGAAGUGAAUAUGGGAAGAAUUGAGAAGCUAUGGAAUGAGAUUGAAUCCAUUAAUUUUGAGAUUUGGGAGUACACCAACAAUCCGACUACAGUGGGAUAUAAACUCGAUGAGUAUCUCGAAAUAGAAGAAUUGGUUCAGUCAACUUUAAUUUCGUUAGCUUCAAUGAAAGCAAAUAAUGAACAAUUACAACAAGGAAUCAGUAAACCAGACAGCGCUGGGAUAUCACUGCCUAAGGUAACAAUACCAAAAUUCGAUGGCGAUUAUUUGAAGUGGUGUCAAUUCUAUGAUUUGUUCACCGAAAUGAUUCACAAGCAGCAGCUUUCUAACGCUCAGAAAAUGUGGUAUCUCAAAGGUAGUUUAACAGGAGAAGCAGAAGGUUUAGUCCGACACCUGUCAAUAACCAACGAGAAUUAUCAAACGGCAUGGAAUCUGCUACAAGAACGAUAUCACAACAAAAGAAUUAUUGUAGCAACAAUCAUUCAAAGAAUUCUAAAUCAACCAAUAAUAUCAACCAAUCCUUCAGCGACAGAAAUAAGGACACUCCAUGAUGUUACUUUCGAAGGAUUGCUGGCACUGAAGAAUGUGGGACUCGAAACUGAUUCAUGGUCCCCGCUACUGCUUCAUAGUUUGCUCCUCAAACUAGAUAAGCAGACUCGCAUUUUGUAUGAACAGUCGCUGAAUCAUCCAAGAGAGGUUCAGUCGAUUAAGGAGUUCAUGAUCUUCCUGGAAUCACGAUUCCAGUCCUUAGAGGCGAUUGGCCAUAGGGAGAAGCCAUGCUUAGCAAAAACCCUUGCCACAACUAUGGGAAAGGCAAAUAUAUCAACCUGUAAGAUCUGUAAUAAUGGAUCACAUCCGAUAUAUUAUUGCAAAACAUUCUUGCAAUCAACACCACAAGGUCGUAUCAAGACGGUACAAAAACUUAGACUGUGCUUGAACUGCUUACGUACAGGCCAUAGGGCAGCAGAAUGCAAAAGUUCCCGGUGCAACAAGUGCAGCAAGAACCACAAUUCGUUGUUGCACUUAUCAGAGUCUUCCAAGACAACACACAAAUCGAUCAAUGUCAAAUCAGAUUCAUUGGUUGAGAAACCCGGUCAUCAACCUUCUACUGUAAUCACAGCAUUAACACAAAAUAAGGGAUACGUUCUUCUUAGUACAGUUAAUAUGAAAAUAGCUACGUUUGAUGGUGAUUUCAUUGAGUGCAGAGCAAUACUCGAUUCUGGAUCACAAAUAAACUUAAUCACAGAAAAACUGGCAAGAAAAUUAAAAUUGCAGUUACACUCAUCACCGUUAUGGAUAGAAGGAAUUGGUAGAAGCAAAAGGGACACAAAAUACAGUGUGACAACAAAAAUUCAGUCUCGAAUUAAUGAUUUCAAUGUAAAUAUCAACGCAUUCGUGAUGCCUCGAAUUAUCUCAGCCCAACCAACACAGUGUCUGGACACUUCUGGUUGGUCAAUUCCUCAAAAUAUAAAAUUGGCUGAUCCAGACUUCGCGAAUCCAAAUCAAAUUGACUUAUUAAUUGGAGCAGAAUUCUAUCACAGCUUUUUAUCGAUUGGUCAAAUCAAAAUAGAUGAGGGUCUACCUGCACUUCAGAACACGGUUUUCGGAUGGAUAUGCAGUGGCAAAGUUAGCAACGGUAAUCAAAAAUUACUUACCUGUGGCAUGUGCAGCGAAGCUGACGACGAAGCAUUGGAUAAUAUACUUACUAAAUUCUGGCAAUUGGAGGAAAUCAAUCAAACGGAUGACAAAUUCACUGAUGCAGAAAAGAAAUGUGAAGAAUCUUUUGCUCAAAAUACUCACCACAAUCAUGAAGGGCGAUUUGUCGUGAAACUACCAUUUAAGGAGGAUACAACUGUUCUUGGUGAAUCCAUGCAGAUGUCGAUGAAUCGAUUUUUUAGUCUUGAACGUCGGCUGUUGAAGAAUUCUGAACUAAAGAAGAUGUACGUUGACUUCAUGCGAGAGUAUGAACAUCUCGGCCACAUGGAAAAAAUCAAUCAGGAUGAUAUAAUGCAUCCACAUUACAUUUUGCCACAUCAUUGUGUAAUCAAGGCAGAUAGUACUACAACAAAGCUUCGAGUGGUGUUUGAUGCAUCUGCAAGAACAUCAACCGGAGUCUCACUCAAUGACAUCAUGCAUAAUGGUCCAGUCGUGCAAAACGAACUCUCAUCCAUUUUACUGCGUUUCAGGAAACCACGCUUCGUUUUUACAACAGAUAUUGAAAAGAUGUAUCGGCAGAUACUAAUUGAUCCACGAGAUGAAUAUCUUCAAAUCAUUAUCUGGCGAGAGUCACCAGAAGAAAACUUGUGCUAUUACAAAUUAAAAACGGUAACGUAUGGCACAAGAGCAGCGCCGUAUCUGGCAACUAAGUGUCUACAAACCCUGGCCAGAGAGCAUGCCGUUAAAUUUCCGCUUGGUUCCGCUACACUCAGCAAGGAUUUUUAUGUCGAUGACGGUUUAAGUGGCUCAGACAGUCUCAUGGAGGCAAUUGCAACAAAGGAUCAACUUAUUAAAAUAUUGGCGACAGCUGGUUUCAAACCUCGCAAGUGGUGCGCAAAUAAUGCCCAAUUACUUCAAGGACUCGCUCCAGAAGAUCAAGAAGUGGAUCUCGAUGUCAGCAGUGAGUCACAUAAGACAGUAAAAACUUUAGGCCUUAUCUGGCUACCAAAAUCUGAUCAGUUUUCAAUAAAAACUAACGGACCUAUACACAGCAAAAUAACAAAGAGGACCGUAAGUUCCGAGUUGGCGCACAUUUUUGAUCCACUUGGAUUAAUGGCUCCCGUAGUAGUGAAGGCGAAAAUAUUUGUUCAAAGAUUGUGGCAGUUAAAACUUUCGUGGGAUGAAGCUCUGCCUGCUGAAAUGCAUACUCAAUGGACCCAUUUUCGUCAGAGCUUAUGUGAAAUAAACAAUGUGAAGAUUCCACGACAUAUAUGUCAUCAUAAACAACCAAGGAAUACUCAGAUUCAUGUAUUUACUGAUGCCUCCGAAAGGGCCUAUGGAGCUGCCAUUUACAUCAGAGCCGAAAUGACUGAUCGAACUAUCUCAGUUCAGUUACUUUGUUCAAAAUCACGCGUCGCUCCAUUAAAAACGCAGACAAUACCAAGACUUGAGUUAUGUGCGGCUUUACUAGGAGUACAAUUGGUAGUAAAGGUAAAAAAGGAUUUGGAAUAUGAACAUCAUCCGAUAUUUAUGUGGACUGAUUCUGAGAUAACAUUGCAUUGGAUCAAUUCAGAACCAUCAACAUUCCAAACUUUCGUUGCUCAUCGUAUCAGUAAGAUUCAGCAAUUAACACUAAAGGAACAGUGGAGGCAUGUCAAUACUAAACAAAACCCAGCUGAUUUAUUAUCCAGAGGUGUAGAUCCAAUUUACAUUCAGAAAAAUGCAAUGUGGUUUUAUGGGCCAAUUUUCCUUCAUGGAAAUCAAGAAUGCUGGCCCCAACCAUUCCGUCAGGAAUUGAUAACAUCCGACCAUAUACAAGCGGAAGUCAAAAGGAAGGUACAUGUGCUUACAAUUUCACAUGAUGAUGAACUAAUCAAAAUGAUUUAUACGAUAAGGCAUGGAAACUCAUUCAUAAGGUUGCAACGAAUUCUUGGCUAUGUGUUGAGAUUCAUCAAAGGGUUACGUAAUAAGAGCAAGCACAGCGACAUCAAUUUGACACCAUUAGAACUGGAUGAGUCAUUACUCAUAAUUAUAAAAGCCAUACAGCUAAGUGAUUUCAAUGAAGAACGACAUCAACUCUUAAAGAAAAGGGAUCUGAAGGGAAGCAGUAGUCUCCACGGACUUUCUCCAUUUAUUGAUGAUAGUGGCGUCAUCAGGGUUGGAGGUCGAUUGACGUCAUCACAUCUUACCUACGAUGCCAAACACCCCAUGCUGCUGCCAUAUAACGAUCCAAUAGCUAAGCUCAUAAUGAAACAUUUACAUGAGAAGGGACUUCACUGCGGACCGCAAACAUUAUUAGCCCAGUGCAGGCAGCGAUUUUGGCCAAUAAAAGGCAAGAUUAUGGCUCGAUCCAUUGUGCAACAUUGUGUACAAUGCACUCGAGUACGCCCACACAUGUUCAAACAAAUCAUGGGCAAUCUACCAGCUGACAGAGUCCAAGCUCAAAGACCUUUUUUCAACGCAGGUGUGGACUUCUGUGGUCCCAUAUGGAUACACCACAAAAUUAGAGGCAAAAGACCAUGCAAAGCGUACAUCGCAGUGUUUUGCUGCUUCUCUACGAAGGCAGUACAUUUGGAAGUUGUUAGUGAUCUCACCACAGAUACAUUCUUAGGCGCUUUGAACCGGUUUACGUCAAGAAGAGGUCGAUGUCAGAACUUAUAUUGUGACAACGCGACUAAUUUUGUGGGCGCUAAAAAUCAAAUGAACGAGUUAGCUGAAAGCAUUCACAGCACAAAUGCUAAAAACAACAUAAUAAGAUCCUGUUCAGCUCAAGGAAUUGCUUUUCAUUUUAUACCUCCGAGAGCACCACAUUUCGGAGGAUUAUGGGAAGCCGCUGUCAAAUCAGCUAAAUAUCUAUUGGUGCGAACUAUUGGCAACGUGUCACUCACUUACGAGGAAUUGGAAACAGUGGUAACCCAAAUUGAAAGUAUGCUAAACUCCAGACCAAUAACACCGUUGUCAUCAGACCCAAAUGACCCGGCUGCCCUCACACCAGGACACUUCUUAAUAGGAGAACCACUAACAGCCCUUCCAAGUAGGUCAGAAACUACAACCAAACAAUCGCUUUUAACCAGGUGGAAGCUGGUGAAUCAUCUAAAAAACGAGUUCUGGUCAAGAUGGUCAAAGGAGUAUCUUAAUGAGCUACAGUGUCGCACUAAAUGGAAGGACCAAUCACCUGACGUCAAAGAAGGAAUGCUGGUAAUCAUUCAAGAAGACAACGCUUCUCCGCUUCAAUGGCCUCUGGGCAGAAUCAUCAAAUGCUAUUCCGGUAAUGAUGGAAGAAUCAGAGUUGUAGAUGUCAAAACGAAAAACGGGAUUUGGAAGCGUCCAAUACAUCGGCUAGCACCAUUAUUGUCGGAAGAUUGUUCAACCCCCAUGAUGCAACUUGAUAGAUGUGAUGAAGAAAAGCCUAGAAAACGAGCAAAACUCAACAGCAACAUGCAAUGUCCAAGGUCGAAGUAG